UUUGCUCCAGCUGCUCUUUUAAUGUAGGUGAGUUAGGCUCCAUGGAUAAACAGGUGGUGCUUAUCACAGGCUGCUCCUCGGGGAUCGGUCUCAGCUUGGCUGUCCGGCUUGCCUCAGACCCAGACAAAACAUUCAAAGUGUAUGCAACAAUGAGAAACUUGUCUAAAAAGGAGCGUCUUUUGGAGAGCGUGAAAGGCCUGCACAGGGACACUUUCGACAUACUCCAAAUGGAUGUGACUGAUCGGCAGUCCAUCCUGGAUGCAAGAGAUGGGAUUGUGGAAAAACGCAUAAACAUUCUGGUGUGUAAUGCUGGUGCGGGUUUGAUGGGGCCACUGGAGGUGCAGUCUUUGAACUCAAUGAGGCACAUCCUGGAGGUUAACCUCCUAGGUACCAUCCAGACCAUCCAGGCAUUCCUGCCACAGAUGAAGGCUCAGAGCCAGGGACGCAUUCUGGUCACUGGCAGCACCGGAGGCCUUCAUGGUGAGAAGUGCAGAUGGUUGAGGAAUGUCAACAAUGUUCUGCAUGUGCAGUUUUUGUAG